AUGUUCCACCAAAUAUUGGUGCGGCGGCAAGAUAGAUGCGCUCAACGAUUCCUGUGGCGAGGAGGUGAUGCUACGAGGAAGCCAGAAGUCUUCGAAAUGUGCGUAAUGACAUUUGGUGCUGCAUGUUCGCCAUGUGCUGCCCACUACGUCAAAACCGUCAACGCGUUAGAACACCGGAAUGGAAACACCGUCGUAGACCGUGCAGUAAAAUCCAUAUUAGACCAUCACUAUGUGGACGACAUGGUUGAUAGCUUCGGUACAGUACAAGAAGCUAUCGCCGUUUCGCAGGUAGUGCGCGCUAUACACAUGAACGCCGGAUUCGAGCUUCGAAAUUUUACGUCAAACUCACAGAAGGUAAUAAAAGAGCUGGAUGGUGACGAGGGUAAGCGACCUAUCUCGAAGAAGGAGGGCUUGUUGGUGGAAAAAGUCCUCGGACUAUUUUGGCAGCCCUCAACCGGUUGCUUUGGGUUCAAGCUAAAAUUUCAUAACGUGGACGCAGCGGUUGUAUAUGGGUCGAGGCCUCCUACCAAGAGAGAGCUCCUCAGCAUCGUGAUGUCCAUUUUUGACCCUUUAGGGUUUUUAAGUAACUUUGUAAUCGGAGCCAAAUUGAUUAUGCGCGAGGUGUGGAGGCACGACAUUCGUUGGGAUGAGCCGUUGCCGACUAGUAUCAACGAAGCAUGGGAGAAGUGGCGAAAUCAGCUGGUUACUGUUGUAGAGUAUACUAUUCCGCGGUUCUAUUUUCGCAUGGGUAUGCCGAAAACCCUACAGCUUCACGUGUUUGUCGACGCAAGUGAGGUAGCCUUCGCCGCCGUCGCCUAUUGGAGGUCGAAAAGUUCCAGUGACGAGAUCGAAGUGGCGUUCAUUUCCGCGAAGUCAAAGUGCGCUCCAAUAAAGUCAUUAACUGUGCCUCGUCUUGAACUCCAAGCGGCCGUGCUCGGGACUCGCCUAAUGAGCUGUAUACGAGAGGAGCAUUCUCUAGACGUCAACCAGUGUACUUUGUGGAGCGAUUCCAAGACAGUGGUCAGGUGGAUUAGGAGCGAACAUCGUCGCUACAAACCGUUCGUUCAGCACAGGAUAGCGGAAAUAUUGGCCGCUACCAACUCAUCAAACUGGAAGUGGUUACCAACUGAACUCAAUGUCGCCGACGAAGCUACACGCGCGAACAAUCGCCUUGAUUUCCGAGCAACAGCCCGCUGGUCAUGUGGUCCGGCAUUUCUGCAUCGGCCGCAGCAGUAUUGGCCUAACGACAACACCGUGGUACCCAGCGAAGACGAGCAUGAUGAAGAACUACGCCCUAAAUACGCUCUGGUAAUCGUUAACUAUAAUAUAAUUGAUUUUAAACGUUUUUCUUCCUUGACAAAACUGGUGAGAGUUGCAGCCUGGGUAUUGCGCUUUAUGGACACUUGCCGUCUCCGUGUUCAGGCAGACAAUCGAUAUGGGUUGACUGCGCGAGAAGUCGAACUUGCCAAGAAGCUAUUGUGCCGCCUUGUUCAACGAGAGGUAUUCGCUGCAGAAUUUCAGCAGAUACAGAACGGCCAAAAUAUCGCACGUAACAGCGCGCUGCUACAGCUCUCGCCAUAUAUAGACAAAGAUGGUGUGCUCCGCGUGAAUGGUCGCAUCGACGCCGCCAGCUGGCUGCCCAUAAGCUCUAGACACCCCAUCAUAUUGCCGCCAAAGCACUACUUCGCGAGACUGGUUGUGAUGCACUACCAUAAAGUUAUGCGGCACCAGAACACUGAGGCUACAAUAUGCGAGAUACGACGCCACUAUUGGAUCCCACAACUACGAACUUUGCUACGCAGCGUAAUCACGCACUGUUUGGAGUGCCGCUUAAGAAAAGUACAGCCUGAACCGCCUCAAAUGGCGCCGCUACCAAUUGACAGGCUCACGCCAUAUAUAAGGCCAUUUAGCUAUACGGGACUAGACUAUUUCGGCCCGAUAGCUGUUACCAUUCGUCGCAGUACUGAGAAGAGGUGGGUGGCGCUCUUCACCUGUUUGACGGUGAGAGCGGUGCACUUAGAGCUGGCCCAUGAUUUGAGCACUGACUCAUGCAUUGUUGCUCUACGAAACUUUAUGAAUCGUCGUGGUGUGCCUAUACGUCUACGUUCCGAUAAUGGUAAGAACUUUGUCGGCACAGAAAGGGAAGCCAAACGUUUCCGUGAGGUGUUCGACUGCAGCCGCAUUCAAGAUGAGCUAACCAGCAAGGGAGUUGAGUGGAUAUUUAACUCCCCGUUUAAUCCAUCGGAAGGAGGCGUCUGGGAAAGAUUAGUGCAAUGCGUCAAAAGGGUGUUACGCCAAACCUUGAAGGAGACAGCGCCUAAGGAGCACACGCUCAACUGCUUCCUGAUUGAGGCGGAAAACAUCGUAAACUCCCGGCCUCUGACGCAUUUGCCUAUAUCCGUCGACCAAGAGCAGCCCCUUACACCUAACAAUUUUCUUCUGGGUGAGCCGAACGAUGCACAUACGCCAACCGCAGAGAGCGUACUGGAGAAGGUUUGCGUACUACGUCAGCAAUGGAGAAUUGCCCGCCAGUUGAGGAACCACUUUUGGAAGCGGUGGAUAGCCGAAUAUUUGCCAACAUUGACCCGGCGAGUCAAGUGGUGUCAACCAGCGAAGCCUAUACAAGAAGGGGACCUAGUUUUUAUAUGCGACCCUAACGUACCAAGACGUGAGUGGUGCCGUGGAAAGGUAGAGCAUGUUUACCCUUGGCAUGAUGGUGAGAUUAGGCGAGUCGACGUCCGAACAGCUGGUGGUGUAAAGCAGAGAGCAGUAUCCAAGCUGGCGAUCCUGGACACUGAAUGUGGUGAAUCGGGCUGAUUCACGGGGCCCGGGAUGUUGCGGCCCGCUUGGCUUUUAGCAUGUUCGAUGUAUCUAUUUCAUGUUUAAGUGUUGUCAAAGUACCCCCUGCAUACGGUAUGAUCUGCAUAUUUACGUUCUCUUUGGCCACAUCUUCGUAUGUACUUACAUUUGUGUGUACGCAAAUGUCCUAACUCUUAUUUAUGCACUUCAAACCGUUUUGCAGUAUUUAUCAUUGUUUUCGUUUCUCCGUUAAACGGAAUAUAUUCUAUGUUGCGCAUAUACAUAUGUACAUCUGUUUAGUGAAAAUGUAAAUGCUUGUUGCCUUUGUUCGCUAACCGCAAUGUGCCAACCGCUAUUUCUCCUUUGUAUAUACAUAUGUAUGUACAUAGUUUGCCAAAUUUGGUACAUUCGCUAACAAUUUAAGAACAUUAGUUCAGUCGUCGAUCAAAGGAGAAAAGCGAAGGACACACUGCGAAAUAAACCGAAUCUGAACUGAAGUCGAAUUAAGCGUUUUAUUUUGGAUUCGCGUUGAAUUCGCUCGCGGAAUCGACGACA